CACAGGCGGGCAGGCAGCCUGUGAUGGGGCCCUGCUCAGAAGACCCCCAUCUCUGCUGGGCCUCCCGGCUCCUGGGAUUCACCAGCCUACUCCUCAGCGUCUGCUGCCCUGGGGUCAAGAGUUCUGGGACACAUGGUUCUGGAGUUCAGGAUUCUGGAGUCCAUGUUCCUCUGCACAGGGUCCGAGGAGGUUCUGUAUCGUUUAACGUGACCAGGAAGCAAGAAGCUCACCUGGAGGAGGUCACAUGGGGCUUUGGCCCUGACUCAAAUUACAGAGUCCUGCUGCGAGUCGGUGCUGAAGCAGACGCUCCCACUUGGGUCAGCCUCCAGGACAAGUAUCAGCAGAGGGUCCAUGUGCCCAGCAUCUUGUCCCUGAAGAUUGAGAACCUGACCUCUGAGGACAGUGGACUGUACCGGGCUCGAGCCAGCUUCACUGGAGGAAUAGAACGUAACCAAGUUUUCCCCCUUACCGUCUAUGAGCCGGUGCCCCUUCCCCAGAUCCUGUUCAAGUUACUGUCCAUCGCACCAGGCUGGUGCAAUGUCACCCUGGAGUGCAGAGCCUCAGGGGCCACAGAGGACCUGAAGGUGACCUGGCAGAGCAAGGGCCUCCCCAGGGAGCUGGAGCAGAGCGUGACACUGGGACCAGCCCCCAACUCCUGGACCCUGCCUGUGAACCUGCCCCUGAGGCAGCCCAGUGCCAGCUUCACCUGUGUGGUCAGCAACCAGGUGGACCAGAAAACUGCCACCUUAGACCUUGGGGAAGUCUGUGUCCAUGAUUCACAAGGACAGGUCAUUGCUGACCCCCUGCCAGGCAUCCUAGGGGCUGUCGUGGCUGUGCUGUUGAUCCUUGGAGGAGGACUGUACCUUUGGAAGACACGUGGGAAGAAGAAGAAAAUGGAGACUGGAAGAGGUACAGAACUGCAGGAGGACCACAGGGACAAUGAUAGUGGCAUCCAGUACGCAGAGCUGAGCCAGCAGGAGUCUCGAAAGGGCACACGCAAGGGUAUUGGUGAGCGACAUUUAGAAGAAAAGGAGCCUGUUAAUACUGUCUACAGUGAGGUCCAUAAGCCAGAAAGUGAAGCCAUGAAGAUAAUUUAAUUGGAGGAGGUAGGAGAACUGGAACUCCUAGGGCACCUCCACUCGGAGCUUGAUCCUUGCAGACACCUGCAUCUCUCAGCCCUGGUCCAGCUCCAGCUGCCCUGGUCUGUGUUACUUUGACCCUCCUGCCCUCAACUCCCUGGGCAUACGUGGCCUUGUCGUAUCCCCUGUCACCUCUCCAAGCUGCCUUCCCACUCAGGAUCCUCACCCUGCAAGAUGAGGGCUCUUUUUCCAUCAUUAACUCAUAUCCUGACCACUCCCCUCCUGAAGCUUCCCAAAGAGAACCUUCCUGCACAUGAUAAUUCCCACAGCCUCUGCUGUAUGGCUGGUAUAUGUCUUUCUGAGAACACAGCCCAGGCAUGGGGACUGCGUAGAAGAUAUUGACCAUGCCGCAGAGGAAGGGGUUAGGACCUUGAUGCUGGAAACUGAGUUGGGGGUCUGUGGAGGCAGCAUGGGUAGGUGGGAUCCCACAGAGGGCUGGCCUGAGGCUUCCUUUGCACCCUGUAUAGGGCAAAAGGUUUGUGUCGAGCGGUGUGUUUGUGUGUGUGUCUGUGUGUAUGUUGGGGGAGUAUCCAGUGUAUAUUAUACAUUGGGCCACAGCCCUUUUCUCUGACCACUAGUACUAACCUCAGCUUCAGCUCGUAGACCUCAAAUCCACCUCUUGCAGAGUGGGAAAAGGAAUUUGUACUGUUUCUGGACCUUCUGAGACUUCUGUUUCUCAGAGAGGGACCCAAGUUGGGACUUGUGUUCUUAGGAAAGCAGCCUCAGCCCUUCCUUGUCUGGGGUAGGGGAACUUGGUCAUUAGAAUGGAAGUGCAGUGUGCCUCUCCCACCUCCCCUUGAUGAGGCUGCUAUGAGGGGUGAGGGGUGAGGCUUGUAGGAAGGUCUGAGCCAACCCUCUCCUGCCUCCUCUACUGACCCUCAGCACCCCACGGCCCCGCUGGCCUCAGAUCCUAGGUCAGCCUCCUCUUUGCUCACUCACAUCCCUCUGCCUGAAAUGGCGGCUCCCUUUCCCUAUCCCUUCCUCCCAUCGCUGUGUGUUGGAAUCCUACCAUUCCAGCCCAAAACCCCCUUCCAAGUCACAUGUUCUACAUGUUCCCAUAGGUUUGAAAAUAGUCUCUUCUCCCACAUCUGUCCUUUUCAGACAACUUGGACAUAAUCAAGGCCCCUGCCGUAGGUUUGCUUUGGGUUGGUCAUGAGUCUUCCCUGCUAGCCUCACCUGGGGCUCCCUCAGGAGGGCGUUGGGGCUUUAGGGGGCUGGUGCCAAGGAGACAAGCACCUCUCUCUGUGAAGUGUCUGAGCUACCCUUACUCCCAACUCCCACAGAGAGUUGGGAGCAGACAAGACCCAGAGCACAGAGGCUGCUGAAGGUCUUUCUGGUAGUGACUCCACAAGGAAGCAAAGAGGACAUGAUGAACUCCAAUGACACUGCCUGGUUUCCCCAACCCACAUCCAGCUUCACGUUGCCUGAGGACCUAAUAUAGCCUGCACUGUAUUGUGGGAAGCUUCUCCUCUCCCUGGGGGUCCUCACCUCCUCAAAGCCUCCGCCUUCUGCCUUGAGUCCCAGCUCUUGAAUCAGAAAUGGACUCACUCUGAUACUAUGAUCUGUGGUUCUUUGUCUGCUGGCCUAGAUUCAUGGGUCUCUUGGUUCCCCUCCCAGCUCAGCAAGCUCAGCUGCUUCACUUCUGACCUCAGAAAGCCAAGUUCUGGGCUAAAGGACUGAACGUUAUGCUAGGAUCCCGCUAGAUGGUGCAUGAAUAAGAGAGGAGCAGAGUUUCCAUAAUAAGGCUCUUUCUAACCUCUUUCUGCUCAGGCUGAACAGAAGGCUGAGAAGGAAAAAGAUGACAUCUCUCACUGGCAUCCCAGGUGACCGGUCAUGGCUGGGUAUCAGUGCCCAUCAGUCCAGAAGCACUGUAAGAUGUGACCACCCAUUGACCCCUCCCCCCCACCUAAAGCAGAAGAGGAAAAAAAAUGAAAGAGGAAGGGAACUUGACUUUCCAAGUCUAUCAUGAACCAGGUUUUGUCCCAGGCAUUUUAUAAAGAUCAUUUCUUCUUACUCUUAUAAGAACUCUCUAGGGUAGGUAUUACUUAUCCCCAUUUUGCAGGACAAGUAACCAAUGUCCCAAAAUAGUUGGUGGCAGAGCAAAGCCUUAAAUCCAACACUGGACAAUUCCAGCAUUCAUAUCUUAUCCUUUGCCACAUGGUCACUGAAGACCUCGUAAUCCUGGAGUAUUCGGAGGAGAAUAUCCUCCAUUUGUUCCUCUUCCAAGGAUCCCGGUCUU